UAUUAACACUCCCAGUUUCUUAAUAAUUUGAAAUAUCUGCAGAACGUUCGCCGAUAAGAUAUACUUAAGAAUGAUGAAGAAAUUUUAUUGUUUUGUUUUUCUUACAUGUGUUAUUUUAAAAGUGUAUGCAGUGCCACCCUCCGUAUGCCGCGCCGAAUUCCGUUGGGACGACUGCGGAAAGCCUCCCAAAGCGGUCAUGUACUACUGGAAGCAGGGCUCCCGCUGCGAAAUCGGCAUCUGGAAGGGCUGCCUGCCCAACGUGAACAUGUUCGCCGACGAAUACGAGUGCAUCAAUACCUGCGUCUUCGUCGACAGGCCUUCAGUUCGCACGGAAUCUGAAGAACCAGAAACUGACCCACCUACAACUGUGGAUAACACUACAGAUGUAACAACUGAAGGUGGUGGUAAUGAAACUUCAACAGAAGCAGAAGGUAAUGCUACAGCUGCUGAGGGUGAUGGUAAUGCCACAGCAGCAGCAGAAGGUAAAGAAACCGCCGCUGAAGGAUCUACAGCCGCUGAAGGCGAAAAUCCAGCUGCUGAAGACACACCUGCUGAACCUGAAAACCCAGCGGAACCAGCAUCCUAGAUUGAAUAUGUAUAAAGAAUUUAAGAAAUUGAGAUAAAUCGCACAUGUCUAAACUUUGUUAUUGAUCCAUGUAAUAUUAUUAAAUUAAUUAAAAUUAAUCUGCAAUCGAAA